CAGUAAUGCAUCAGGCUUUACUUAUUCCCGAAGUCCUCCUGGAGAUAUUCGCCUAUGUGAAUGAAAGAUCAUAUACUCAAAUACGAUCGACUCAGAAAUCCCUUGCAGCCCUUGCAACGACAUGCAAAGUCUUCUACGAGCCUGCGAUGGAUUUGCUGUGGGCUGAAAUAUAUCAGUUAGAACCACUGCUAGGCUGUGUAACGAGGUUACAUCCACUGAUAUAUGGUAGUGGUAUAGGGGUCCCGUGGCACAACCUCUGGGCGCACGACGUCGAGCCAUUAUCUGCCCACGAGGCCCGUCAAUUUUUACGUCACUCCGCCCGUAUUCGCAAAUUGAACAUAUCAUCCAAUCACCCUUCAAGAAGUUCUCACCUUCUCUCAGUCAUGCCCGCUGAGGCAUGCGUAUCUCCGAACCUGAGGUCGCUAACUCUUUCCACCAAAUAUUUGAACCACUUCCUGCCUCAUAUGCUGCACCAAUGCCAUCUAUUGACUGUCAACGAGAGUCUUGAAUCUGUUGUGACACGUCGCUUUACUUUGGAGCACUUAUGCAUCAACAUUGUUGAUACGUGCGCUUAUGAUACCAGCACAGCAGAUGAGCUGUCCCUGCUAUCCGAUAGGAUCCGUUGGUGUACGCGGCUUGACUCUGUAACUCUGUAUUGUCCAAUACUCGACUGGGUAGCAUGGAAGCACCUCUCAUACAUCCCUACCAUUCUCAGAGUGGACAUUGAUCAAGGAUUAGUGGACGCUCCUUUGCUGUUGGAACAGGAUAUCAUCAAUUUCUCACCAUUCCUUAACAUCACGAGUCUUCUCUUCCACCUGUACGAUGCUGCAUACAUCAUCCCAGUCAUGCAACACUCGCAAUUCCCCUCUCUGAAGGAGUUCGGAUUAGACAUUGACAUUCUGUAUUCAGCAGAUGCCGAGGAACUCCUUCGUGCGCUGUCCCACUGCAAAGCGACCCUAGAAAAAAUAUCCAUUCAGUGUUUCUACGACGAGUUCAUGGGGCCCCUAGACACCACUUUGACAAUAAUUCCGCAUUUCCUUUGCUUCACACAGCUCCGAACCCUGCAGCUCAUGCUUUUUAAAUCUAAUUCCUGCAUCUACCUGGACAAUGACAUUCUCUUGGAGGCUAUGUCUACUUGGCCGCACAUCCACACUCUGGAAAUCAAAGACUCAGGUUUUCGUCCAUCUUCAGUCUCAUUCCAUGGAUUAUUCACAGCGCUCCGUCUAUGUCCACAAUUGCAUACACUGCAACUUACAAUCAAUACUGCAACUCUCGACAUUGAUCCUGAUGCUGAGCUAAUACAACAUACCUCCUUACGAACAUUGAAAUUGGAGGCAUCCAAUUUUCCAAUAACGAAUGCUGAAACUCUCGCUCGCAUCAUUUUCGCCUGGCUCCCUUGUGUCGACCAAGUUGAAAACGGGAAUAGGAGUUGGGAUGAAGUCAACACCCAUCUCACAUCUUUGAAAGCUCAUGCGCUGUAUGUCGCGGGAGCCUCCUAGAAUAAUUGAUUUUGGAAUAUAUUCACGUUCGGGAAUGUUGUUACAUACCUUCGAGUUCUUUCGUUUAUUCAUUGUCGUUGUCGUGGUUAGUUGUUUUCUCCACUGUUGAACUGCUAUAGUACCGUUGUGCAUUUUCUCCGCACAAUCGAAAAGACCUCCUCGAAUUGCUCAAUCAAUGUAAUCAAGGGACCUGCAUCUGGGUUCAGUUUUUU